AAUCGCCAUUUUGGAUUAAGAUCAUCAUGUGAUUAGAAAGAUCCUUGGGUCGAAAGUGUGAUUCUGGAGAAAAUACUUGAGGAAGAAAGGAUCGAUGAUGGGGUUUCGUUGUUAUAGGCUGGGAUUAAUAUUUUUCAACAUCAUAUAUUUGAUCAUAGGCUUUGUUCUUAUACUUUGUCCAAUAUACUCCAAAGUUGCAGAAGUUUUCACCAGCUGGUCUAUUGUUGGGGGUACGAUAGCAUGUGGAGUGUUCAUUAUGCUGGUUGCUGCAGCUGGAAUAUAUGGUGCCGUCAAACAUCACCAGAUAAUUCUUUUCUUCUUUAUGGCAAUCAUGUUCCUAUUGUUCAUCAUUCUAUUUUCUGUGUCUGUGGCUGCACUCUCCAUAUCAUCAAACCAACAACGUGAAGUUCUAGGACAUGCUUGGGAAUCUGUCAGUAACAAAACCAAAGGAGAGGUUCAGAGUGCUGGAGACUGCUGUGGUUUUAAUGACACACUGAAGAAUAACUCUAGAGAUCAUCCCUCGUGUUCAGAGCUUCCUUGUUGUAAAUCAAAGAAAUAUACCUGUUCUGAAUGUUCUACUUGCUAUGGCUACCUAGAGGAAAAUGGCUUGGACACAUUAAAGGAAGCAGUGGGAGGAAUUGGUCUCUUCUUUAGUUUUACAAUGUUUUUGGGAAUUUACUUGGCAUUCCGAUAUAGGCAUCUUAAAGAUCCAAGAGCAAAUCCCAGUGCAUUUCUAUGACAGUGUAAACAAGACCUGAAGGCUAUGAGACAAUUGCCAGAUUUAUGUCAGCUUCAGCACCAAGAAGGUUCUUUGUUAUCAAAGCUGUGAACAGUCUCAAAGUCUGUGGAGUUUACAAAAUAUAGAGUGUUUUUCAGAGCCAUACGGGGUGAUAUACAGUCAAUCAUUUAUAGGAUAAAUUAAACCACAUUGGACAACAAAACUAACCAAGUUUUCUUUAAAACACAUUCUUAACUUUUAUCAUGGUCAUUGUCAGCACUAAUGUUGUUCUUUAAUUGCCUCACAGUAUUGAUUGAAAAUAAGUGUAGAUAAGAAGGGAAGAAAAUCUCUGAAACUGCAAACUUAUGUGUCCAUCAACUCAGAGCCUCAAAAACAACACCCUCCCCUCCCUCCCCUCCCCUCCCCAGGGAUUUUAACUUUUGAAGAUAAGUUUUUUUACAAUUUUCCCCAGUGCAAAAAAAGGCAUAAACUGCCCCACUCAAGCACAGUCUUUUAUCACAUGAUUCUUUGGGUGAUCAACGCAUGUUGUAGAAUUUAGUAAAGUCAGGUAUUCAUGUGUAUGUAUAAGUCUUGUAUUCUGCUGGAUCAAAUGUCCCACUCCACCUAGGCAAAAUUUAACUUCCCUACCUCACAGCACAGGUGACAGUCAAAUGCCUGUGGGUUGUCGAGGGGGUGGGGGGGUUGAAUGUUGAAGCUUUGAAUUGAUUGGCACUUUUCAGUGGCAGCUGCACAACCUUAUAGUAUCAUUUCUGAGUGAAUCUGUAGAAUCAACCCAAAGUGGAUAUUAGUGCAAAACCAUUCAUAAGAUAGUGAGCUCAUUUGCAAGUGGAUGAAAUUUCAUUUUAAAAUGAAAGAAUUAUUUCAAGUAUUGAUUUUAAGAAUUCAAAAUAGACUGAAGGUAAUUUGGAGCUGGUUCAUUUAUUUGCUUACUUGUACCUCUUACAAAUACAUCUUAACAGGAAAAAAGAAUGAUAAUGACUUUUAUUAGUAUAAUGGACUACAGUGGAACCUUGAUUAUCCGGAUUCGUUGGGACUAGACAAAAUAAUCAAAAAUAUGAAUAUUAAUGAGGGACA